CGCGGCCGGGGUGCGGGGCGGGAGGCGACGUGGGCAGCCUGGCGCUGAAGGCGGGUCCCCGUCUCCACGCGGGGUCCUGGUGCGGGAGCGGGGUUGUUCUCCGGCGGGAGCGGGGGCCACGGGGCCACAGGCCCCAAUCCCGCCCGCCUGCUUCUCCCUCAGGCGUUUCCUGCACCAGCUCCGCAGCGAGGGAGCGCCCGCAGCAGCCCCGUGCGCGAGGCCAGAUACUGUUGCAGUACCAGCCUGUUUUGCUCCUCUUUCAAGAUCACCUGAUCAGCAGCAUGGCUUCUCCCUGCAAAGCCUCAGACUUCUUCUUCAUACUCAUUUCACUGCUGCUUCUACUGCCUGGAGUUGAAGCCCUGGAUCUUGGAGAUGAAGUUGCCCUCUUGCUGGGCUUAGCUGUCAGCGUCACUGGACUCUGUGCCUGUCUAGGCUGGUAUGCAAGAAGGAGAAAUGGACAGCUAUAACUUUAAGGAGAUGCCCAGGUCAAGAAUAAUUCUAAAGUCUUCUUGUUGGGAUUUAAGGUUUAAAAGUGAGUCAAGUUUCUGGUAGCUUUCUGAACUAUGAAGUGGGAUCCUUCAAACUUCUCUUGCUCUGCUAUACCAGUAAUAAGGACUGUGCUUGGCAGAAAGUGUUUGCAGGAUCUAUUCCCAUAGUAGUAAGACGAUUUCAUAUAGCUUGUGAUGAGAUACUGCCUUAACACUAAGGUUGAAAUGAGUUAUUUGAAGAAAAAUGUACUCGGACUGAUUAAGUAAAAAUUUAAAAUACUGGGUUUUUUUGAGCAAAAUGCUUGACUGUCUCUACAAGUUGGAUUGGAGUGGUUGGUCAGCAGAAAGCCAUUAAGAUACUAGUCAGGAUAGAAACUUGGAAGUACUGAAUCUCUCAGUUUGAGAACUAAAAAGCCAGGCCUAUUUGUAAAUGCACAGGUUCUUCCUAAUGAGAAUUUAAAAGGAAAAAAAAAACGUAAUAGCUCAUUUCUUUUGUCAUAGGGCUAAGACAUGGGAGCCUUAGAAAAAUGUGGAAAAAAUCUCCAAUGGUAAAGCAUACCUCCACUGUAGCGUAGAUUUAUGUUACAAAUUAGAAUCCAUUUAAUAAAUAGCUUAGUUUUGCAAGAGGACUAUUAUUUUUCUUUAAUAUGGGUAUGAUGCAUAGGAAUGUCUGUAAUGUGUCUGCUGGUCAAAGGGAAGGAAUUUAUGUUGUGAAAACUUGGAAAGGCCAAAUGUUUUGUGCAUGUAUCUUCUUUGUUUACAUCUUACAUUCAUUUCUCUCUGAAAUGAGUUCAGUUUGGGGUUUUGUUGUUUGCAGUAUCUUUAUAUUGGAAAAAAUCAAGAAAUCCAGUAAACUGUUUGACAAAAUUUUAAUAGCUGGUCAGUAGGCCCCACUUCAUGAUGAUGCCUUUACGCCUUCUUUAGCUAGCGCUGAUGCCCCAGUCCUAACUCCCCUGGGUUCUCCACUUGAGCUCUAUGCAAGAUUGUGGCCAAGGCUUGUGCCAAAAGAAAACAACUAAACAAGUAUUCAGAACUUUACUGAGAACCUGGAGAAUGUUUUGGCAGAUAACAUGCCUGAAUUUUAAUAGUCUUGUUCUACACAUCCACAGCCAGAUCUUCUGAUGCGAGUAAAACUUUGAUAAGCAUGGAGUUGUUACCAGCCAGUGUUAGGCUGCUUUAUCUCAGUAAAAGUUCAGCCCCACACACACAGUAGUGGAGUGACUAGAAGGUGAAGGUGAUCUCCUUUGCAAUUUACACUGUGUGCAGCUCAACUGGAGCUGGCAACCUGGACUGGUAUAAUUGGGAAGUCAGUGAAGAGUGUAAGAGGCAGGAUGCAAAGCCCUGUUCUUUUGCUACCCCUUCUCUCUCCUUCAUAAUGAUGCAGCACAGAGCAAGGGAUAAAUGGUAAGGCAGAUUUGACAAGUCAUUGGGUAGUUUGACUAUAGUUUGAUUUCUGAAGCUUUUUAGACUUCCAGAUGUCAUUUAGAAAUGCUUUGGCCUGUAUAGCCCUCUUCUAUGGAAAAUGGACAAUGGCUGUUAAACUCCGGGCUCUUCAAUCUUGUGAUUAAUCUCUUCCAAGCAACCUGGCCAGCAGGCUGCCAAAAUCCAUACAGGGUUGGAGUUGUAGGAACAAAUGCAGCUGCCCCUCAACAUCAGGUACAACAGAGAGAUGCCCUCUGCUCUUAGUCUGAUUCAGCUUGUGUGUACUACAUCAACAUCAGUUCGACUCAUAGGGUUGUUAUGUUCAGCUGCAGGCCUUUCCUCAGCUGACAUGCAAUGCCCUCUGCCUGAUGUUUUGAGGUCAAGAGUAGAAAGUGAUUCUGCAUGUAGCAAAGCACCACAGUGAAAUUUGCAUUUUAAGAUUUACACUCCAGAAAGAAAGUGAAGUACUUAGUGAUGCCCUGCCCUCCAUGAAAUGCAGUGAAGGGACCUCUGCUCAGCAGCUGUGGAUGACCAGAUAGGUUUAUAUAGCAAGGUAAAUGCUGCCACAUCCUACUCCAUGCUGUUAGCAAAAGGGAGGAGCAUGAGGGGGGAGGCAUAAAUACUGGAUGCACCCUUCCUUUCCCCACAUCUAAGUCUUUUUUUAUUCAUCAGUGAGUCUGUUUACCGGACCAAGGCUCACAAGCCUGUCAAACUGAACUUUUCAAAGAGAGCAAAAUGUGACAAUUGCUAGCUUUCCCCAAACUCCUCUAUCUUGUUCUCUUAAGAAAAAAUGCUAGAUUCUUCUUUAGUAAUUUCUCACAAUUGUGUAUUAAGUUUUUCUCCCUUGUAGAGCAGCCAAGCAAAAAAUUCUUAUCAUCAUCACUACUGUCAGGUUAUGGGAUACUAGGAAUUGUAUUCUUUGCCUGUGGCCGCAUGUACCUAACUGAAGGAUAUUUCUAUGCAUAAUGGUGUGUUUACCUGGUUUUGACAGAAACUGCUUAUUGUACUGCUAAAGAAUUGCAACUUUCAUGGGUUUACUUAACCGCAUGCAUACAUUCUGAUCUUCCUUUCGUUUUCCCUCAAUUUUUAAUAAAUUCUUUCAAGUAA